AUGACCUUCCCCGCUCCCCAUCUCGUUGGCAUUAGUUGUUGUUCCAAGAAUUCGAUACGGCCUCUCGAGUCGUUCCUGAGACCGAGAAGAGUUAACGCGUGUGCCAUACCCGUCCCUUUGUCACACCUACGCGGUGCGGUGGGAAAACUCGAACACAAGGAGGUCACCGCAGGAGUACCCGCUCUGAUUGCCAGAGCUGAUAGUGAACUGGGAGGAAGGGUGGCUGCUGUCUCUCCCCUUUGCCAGCUGGCGUCGGGAGAGAAGUGGAAUGGUGCCAAAAACACAGAGAAAAGGCAGAGUCAGUAAUACGCCUGUUUACAAAAGGGACCCAGGCGCCAGUUUCACGCGGAUCGUUGUAAAGAAGUACAGCAGAUCCGAGAGCAGCAUCCAAACAAAAUCCCGGUCAUCAUCGAACGCUAUAAAGGAGAGAAGCAGCUGCCAGUGCUGGACAAGACCAAGUUCCUUGUCCCAGACCAUGUCAACAUGAGUGAAUUGGUCAAAAUAAUCCGGCGUCGCUUGCAGCUGAAUCCCACCCAGGCUUUCUUCCUGCUGGUGAACCAGCACAGCAUGGUGAGCGUCUCUACACCCAUCUCGGAGAUCUACGAGCAGGAGAAGGAUGAGGAUGGCUUCCUCUACAUGGUCUAUGCUUCCCAGGAGACCUUUGGCUACUGAGGCCUGCUGAGAGACAUGUGGAGACAGAUGAACUGUGGCGUGCAGGCCCCCGGCCUUGGAAGACGACACAUCCAGAGGC